GUUCAUUGGUAGAAUUUUUUUUGCUAGGUCAUGCUUGUGAGGGAUAAACAAUGUGAAUAGGGACAGAUAUAAGCACGGAUAUAUUCUAACUCUGUGGUUCGAAGUGCCGGCUAACCAACAUCGAUUACAUCAUCAUAUUUCAACUAGGGUGAGAGAACUGAUGAAGGCCUCGUGGCCCGAACGUCCAUUGUUUUACUUGGUCCGGCAGGAUUACCUAUAAAAUUGAUCAAAAUCAGAUGGUUAUAGAAAGCUUUGAGAGGAAAGAGGAAAACAACCGAAUGUUUUGGUACUAAAGCUCUAAGUAGGCAUCAGGGCUGUGUCUGCAUACAUCUAACAAUCGAUAGAGGUGUUAUUUAUGAUGAUAAUGGGCUCUGGUGAAGUCAUGGAUCCAACAACGGAAGGUCAGUGGAUGAGCUGGCCCAUGAAAAACUGUCUCGUUUUAUCCUUAUCGUUUACUUUUGUCUACACCGCCUACCUCGCUAUUCAAAACUUGCAAAGCAGCUUGAACCAGGAGGCUAACCUUGGAGUAGUCUCCCUCUCCGUAUUGUAUGGCUCCAUCAUCCUGUUUGGCACUCAGUCUCCUCUAUUCAUCAGGUAUGUGGGUGCCAAGCGGGUACUCCUCCUCGCCUGGUUCAUACACACGCUCUACACGGCCAGUAACUUCUACCCAACCUUCGCCACGCUCAUACCCACUUCCGCUCUGCUGGGCGCCAUUGCGGGGCCCAUGUGGACGUCUCAAGGCAUGUACAUCUCAUCCGCGGGAGAGAAGUAUGCAGCACUGCAGGGUAUCUCCACCGAGGCCGACCUCCACGCCGUCCUCAGCAAGUUCAACGGAAUAUUCUUUAUGUUCUACGAAGUGACUCAGGUGACGGGGAACAUGAUCUCAUCUUUUGUCCUGUCCACCAGCUCCUACAACACGUCUUCCACUGAUGGACACAACAAAAUCUGUGGUCCAGACGACUGCCCAUUCAGUGCCCAGGGGACAAACGUGACAGCGGCGGCGAUCCAAGAGCCUGAGAAGCACGUGGUCUACACUCUCCUGGGAGUGUUUCUGGCCUGCAACGUGUGCGGCUUCAUGCUCACCCUGUUUGGUCUGCCCCAGCAUACGCCCACCUCUCGGGCUGAGACUGACUCGGUACUGAAGGAUGUGGUCAGUUGCUUCAAGAUGACCGUGGACAGUAGGAUGCUCUUGAUGCUGCCUCUGUUCAUGGGUCAGGCCAUGGCUGUUGGUGUGCUGUAUGCAGACUAUACCAAGGCCUACAUUAGCUGUGCUCUUGGAGUGAGGUGGGUCGGCUACAUCAUGACCUCUUACGGCAUCUGUACGGCUAUAUUCGCCAUCGGUAUCAACUCGCUGGCCGGGCCCUUAGGCCGUCUAGUCCUGUUCACUGUGGCUGUCAUCAUUGAUACGGGUACUUUAGUCGGAAUGUUGCUAUGGCAACCCAGGGAUGAAAGUGUGAUCGUGUACUUCUUAAUACCUGCAUUUUCUGGGAUUUCGGAAGGGAUCAUGCAAGCUCAGUUUAACACUCUGAUCGCUCAAGUUUUCAAAGAGAACAUUUCUCCAGCUUUUGCCACCUACCACACCUCCAAAGCAACAUCAUUCACCAUAACCUUCGUCCUCUCAACAUUCAUAUGUUUGAGACCGCGGCUGUACAUAUCUAUAGCGCUGUAUCUCGUCGGCCUGGUUGGCUAUGUCAUAUCAGAACUGAGACUUAGAAGGAAACAGAGUGCAGAGAAUAAGGAGGCAGAUGACCAAAACAUGGGCUCCUUCAGUUGUCAAAAGAAACUAGAAAAUGAUUUCUCUUCCUAGUUAUUUUGAACAGGAACUAGAAGAGCUUAGGAACAAAUCAAAACACUUUGUGAGGAUCACGUGAUCUAUCUUAUGAUCACAUGAUCUUACACAGACAUUGUUAAGCAAAAACCCUCAAAACUCUUGGGGAAACUUUGAAUAUUUAUUGCUCUUCUCUAUCAAUGUUCCAGGUUGUAGUGGAUGCAGUAGGAAAAGAUGGUAGAAAGUGUAUUUAUUAAUAGGUCUGAUUGUGUGUGUGUUUGUUACAUUUGCAUUUAAGCGCACUUUGUCAGCAUUGUUAUUGUAGCUAAGAAUAUUUCAAUAGGAAUGUUUCUCUCCAGUAUUAAUGUAGAAUGUCUUUGUUGUCACUUACAUACUUUUUUCAUCUUUAUAUAGUGUUCUGAAAAUGUUCAGAAAAUGUUCUUGAUCUAAACCUAUCUACCAUGUGAUCUACUUGUUCUAAACACAAUGUAAUGUUGAUAUUGUCCUCGUGAUCAGCUCCAAAGGAAAUAUCUCAUUCUAGAAACAUAUCACGUUUUAGCAGCUAGACUAGAGUACACAAUGUCAUUGUAUGAUGUAUUUAUUUACAUAAAACGCUUGUUUGCCUAUAGACUGUAGAACCUUUAAUUGGCAGUGUUCAGUGUUUUAUCACGUCACUGACAUUCUUAAGGAAUGGAGAAUUUGUCUUAAAUGAGAACUGCUUGUACCAAGAAGUUUUACCCAUAGGCCUACAACUAUAACAUGAGACAACUAGAACAUGAGACAACUAGAACAUGAGACAACUAGAACAUGAGACAACUAGAACAUGAGACAACUAGAACAUGAGACAACUAGAACAUGAGACAACUAGAACAUGAGACAACUAGAACAUGAGACAACUAGAACAUGGCGUACUGAACAUAAAAAUAACACUGAUUGUAGGCCUAUGUGCAUAAAGAAAAAUAUUUUUUUAAAGUUACUUUUAAAGACCUAAUUAUAGUCACCUUGUUGAUACAAUUGUGGAUGUAGAAAAAAAAGCCUACAAGAAAAUUACAUAAUCUGAAAUUAAAUCCAACUUGAGAAGUCUAGCGAUUUUUUUAUACUUAUGUACACAUUCCAAGAGUAAGGAUGUUCCUGUCAGCUUGGCGGGCUACAGGGGACAUAGAUCUAGUUUCUUGUUGGAACUUUACUUUUUGUAAUUAUUAUUAGGCCUAUUAUUAUUAAUUUAAAAAAUUAAUGUCAAAUUGUUUGAACAAUUAAACAAUUUUUACUUACUUAGUAGGCCUAUGAAACAGAACUGUUCAAAACUUUGUUUCAUUUAGUGUGGGUUUUUUUCUUUUGAACUGUUUUAUGUCUAAAAGCGCCUUGAGUCCAGGCCUACAUUUUGUUAACAACGAACUCUACAUUUAAAUAUUCAAAUUGGAUCCCUUUUCCCCGGUCGUUAGUCUUGCGUUUACUAGGGGGUCGCUGUAGUUCCAUGUCUGAAAGCAGUUCUUUUGUAUGGCACAGAGACCACAUUGAAGACAACACUAUGGACAAGCUCCAGGCAUUCACUAACGACAUGCGACAUAUAAUUGGUGUCAGUUGGUCUAAGGAAAUUUUAAACUACAGCCUAUGGGAAACAACUCAGUAAACACCAUUGGAACAAGAACUCAAAGGAUGCCCAUGGGGCUGCACUGGGCACACGGUGUAGACAACUUUGUAAGACUCUGGCUGUAGACUGGAACCCACAGGGAAAGAGAAAGGCUGAGAGACCAAAGCAAACAUGGGGGAGAUCAGGAGACCAAGAAGUAAAGAUGGCAGGAUGGACAUGGACCCAGUUGAGGGAAAUUGUCCAGAAUACAGUCCGAUGGCGAGGUACUGUUACGUCCUAUGUUCCGCUGGGAGGCAAAAGGAUGAACAGACAAGUCUGGCAUGGAGGUUGUUGUAAACAUUAUAGGCGUCCUUCUUUUUUGUUCCCACAAUAUCUAAUGACAGUAAAGUAGAACUUUUUCUGACAUAAAAAAAAAUGAUAUCUUUAGAAUUCCAGAACUUUCUUAGCCACAAUCCAUCCCAACCAGUCUCAUCUCAGAUGAAUCGCACAAAGAAAAAAAAAGGGGGGAUAUAAGAAUAUGUUUUCUGUUUUUUUGUAGUUAGCAAACAUCGGAUAACCCGACUUUGAGAUGAGAAGGGGCAUAGCCCAAUAUUUUUUUUUACUCGAUAUUAUUUUACCAGCUGACAAUGACUACAUUAAAAAUACAAAUCUUGAUUAAUGAUUUUGAUUUAUUACAGAAAUACUUUUUUUUCUAGUCAUCAAAUAUUUGUAAAGUUACUGUUUUAAUAAUAUAAAACUAUACAAAAGCUAUCUGGUUGAGUGAUAUGCAAUCCAGACAGUCAUUAUAAUAGCCAAGGGUUCGAACCCUGCUUGCUGCCAUCCACUGUCGUUUUGCGGCAGGACUAGGAAGUAAUUGUAUUCCUUACAAGUCAAGUCUCUAAAACUGACAAGUCCCACUUUCAUCUUUCCCAAUGUUAGUGUUUUAUAGUGAAAUGCUACUUGUUUUGUUUUCAUUUAUCUUUUAUAAGCUGUCCUAAAUGCAUCAACUACUUUAAAUUUAUUGAAUAUAUAUAUACCUUUUUUAUGUAAUGACCAAAUCUUAUUUAAAUGAUCAUUCCGACAGUCAUGUCUCUCCUCAAAUCAUUGUGACAUUGUCUCAAUGAAUAAAUAUAAAUUAUUUUUAUGUA